AUGUCCUCUUGUCCUUGCGACACUCAAUGGGUCUCCGUUGGCCUUGACUUCGGGGCCACGUUUUCCUCUAUCUCGAUUAUCCAUUACAGGAAGUGCGAUAAACACAACCCCGGCUUCGACCUCUUUGACAUUCCGCCGAUUCCCACAGUCCUGCCGAUCGACCCGGUCACCCGACGCGUCCGUAUUCCAAAGCCAACAGACGUGUCAAACGAGGACACAGAGGAAUUAAAGUACUUCAAAUUUGGCCUCAUGCCGAAAAACCAAUGGGCCAAGUCCUACAGCGACGACUUCAUGGCGUUCUUGGAAACAAGUCUCCGCGUCAACAUAUCUGGUUCGAUUAAGCAGGUUGUCGCAGCCUUUCUCAAGGUUCUUUGGGCCAAGGUGAAAUUACCCGCCAUUCCCUUGUCCAGGAUCAAGGUAGUGAUCUCAUGGCCACGAUGCUGGAGCAACCACGUGCUCGAGCAGCUGAUGGGCGCCGUGAAGUUGGCCAGCGAGGAGAUACCCGCACUGAAAAGUGCCAGGUACAUCCCAGAGCAUGAGGCCGCUCGUCGUUCGGUCUUAUACGACAUGCGUGUUGACCUAGCCCCAUUACUUCAGGCAGGUCAUUGCGUCCUCAUCGUCGACUGUGGAGGCAUGACGGUGGAUGCGGUUUGCUGCCUACUUCCAAACCCAACCGCCAAUCGACGUGGAACAAAACUGGAAGAAAUUCCCGAGUCCCGGCUUGUCGGGAGUGUUGCCCUGGACGUGGAGUUCAGGAAGAAGGUAGUUGCCCAGGUCGAGGAGAUAACAGGGAAGGCGGAGGCGGCCUUUUCCCCCGAGGACAGAGAGCAGAUUCGAAAGAUCAUGAAAAGUUGGGACGCUCGGAUCAAGCCCCGCUUCAACCCGCCAAACAUAAUGGACAUGUGCGACCCGUUGGAAUUUAGGUUCCAAGACAAAACUGUCAUCAUUUCCAAGCAUGACAUGAUCGAGGUCUUCGAUCUUAUUACCAACGAAAUAUCCGACCUCGUUGUGAGCCUUUUCGAGAAGUCUCGGCAGAGGGGCAGAAUUUUGAAGCACGUUGUAUUUACAGGAGGUCUAUCUCUCCAAUGUCGGGUCAAGGAUGAACUCCCGCGUACGUUGAAGCAUCGUCUGGACCAUGACUGCCCCCAACUCACUUUUAACUACGACCAUGCCUUGAGUGCUGUUAGCCAAGGGGCAGCCCUGUCUAAUGUGGUUGACAUGUAGGUUCAACCGAAAGGCGGGGGCCGGUCUGGCAAGCGGCUGGCGGAGGCCCCGGCAUUGGCCGGGCAGGUCAGUGAAGCAAGGGCAGCUACUAUCAGUAGCGGUUGGGACUUGAAGUAGUCUCAAUGGGCAAGGCAGUGAACCAUGGUCGGGCGGUUCUUGGGCUAGCUGGUGUGGUGGGAGGAGGUGUGCCGAGGAGCCGACGGUUGUGAUUGCAGAUGUUUCGUUCUUUUCUUUUCGAGGGACAUUCUCGAGAAGCCAUUAUUUCAGACUCAUACAGUCAUUUCUUAAAAGAGUUUCUUCUUCUCCUGUGGAAAUGGCCGAUUGAUUGGCCUGGACCACUCGGGAACUCAACGAGGACCGGACGGAACGGUUUGCUUGC